AUGGACGAGCUACCAGUGCUCAAUAAUUUAUGCAAGGAUCUGUACGAGAGUAUGGAUCCGCAGAUUCGUCAGCAAGCCGAAUUGAAUCUGUCAGAGCUCGCUGAAUCACCUGAGUGCCUUCAAAGAUGUAUGCUUUUGCUCGCUCGUGGUAAUUUCCCUUAUGGUCCGAUGGUAGCUUCAACAACCCUUAUGAAAAUCGUCGGCACCAAAACGAGCAUAACUUCAUCGCAAAAGUUGGAGCUCGCGAAAUAUAUUCUCAACAUGCUCGGCCAAGGAGCCCCGCAGUUCCCUUCCUAUCUUGUAAACUCACUCUGUCAACUAUUCGCCAGACUUACAAAGCAAGAAUGGACGUACACGGUGCCGUCAGAAUCUGGAGAUGAUAAAGUCGAAUAUCCGUUCCGCGAGCCAGUUGAUAGUCUUAUUAAAACGGUUGAUGCGAAAAACAUUCAAGAAAGCAUGCUUGCCGUUCAAUUACUCUCAUUGUUGGUCGCUGAUAUGAAUUCCGCUGUUGGUAUGGAAUCGUUGAACAAGCACCGCAAAAAUCUGACGCAAUUUCGUGAUGACUAUUUGUAUCAAAUUUUCGUUUUAUCUGUUGAUUUCCUAAAUGCAAAUGCUGAACGCAAUCUAUCCGAGCAGGAGCUUGGUUUGAUGAAUUUAAUGCUUAAUCUCUGCCUUCAAUGCCUAUUGUUCGAUUAUGUCGGAAGUCUAGCCGAUGAGACAAGCGAGGAUCAUUGUAGCGUGCAAAUUCCAACCUCUUGGAGAUCAAGCUUUGCUGAUGGAAAAAUAGUUACAUUGAUGUUCAAGCUUCUUGAUAAGCUUCCCCAAGAAUCCAGCGAAAAGACGAUGACUAUAAUAGCGCAACUCGCCAGUAUUCGCCGAACAUUGUUCAACGGUCCCGAGCGUCAGGCGUACGUUCAAAAGCUUGUCGAAGGCGUCGUUGGUGUCAUAAUGAAUCCGGAGAAGCUCAGCGAGCAAGGCGCGUUUCACGAGUUCUGUCGCUUAAUCGCCAGGCUAAAAACCAAUUAUCAAUUGUGUGAAUUGAUUGCUGUCCCGUGCUACGCUCAUAUGCUUCGAUUACUUGCUGAGUUCACUGUACAAAGUUUAAGAAUGAUGGAAUUUUCUGCCAAUAGCACUUACUUUUUGAUGACAUUCUGGCAAAGAAUGGUGACUUCUGUGCCGUACGUGAGAAAUAAUGACGAUCACCUAUUAAAUGUCUAUUGUCCGGAAAUAAUGGUGGCGUUUGUCGAGAGCCGAUUGCAACACGUCGAACAUGUUGUUAGAGAUGGUGCUGAAAAUCCGCUUGAUGAGCAAGGCUCGACUAUACAAAUAAUGGAGCAUCUCGCGAUCAUUUGCCGUUGCGAAUACGAGAAAACGUGCGAGCUUCUCAUCAAACAUUUUGAUCAAAAUGCGAAUAUCUGGAUGAACGGCGCUGCAAAUGAUGUGCAAACCGCGAUUGCCGAGGGUCGAAUUGUGUGGUUGAUAACGCUUAUUGGAACGGCGGUGUUUGGCAAAAAUACGUCAACUAGCAGUGAUUCGCAUGAUAAAUUGGACGGCGAACUCAUUGCGAGAUGUAUUACCGUCAUGCGAUACAAUGAUAGUCGCCUACAAUUGGCAUCGAACUCGUCGACCCCAUCGAAUGGAAAUUUACGAUUGGAAGUUGCUUUUAUACACAUGCUUGAGCAAUUCCGACGAGCAUAUAUAAUGGAUCAGAUUACACGUGCUAGCGCCGUUUAUGACAAACUUCAAUCGGAACUCGGUAUUGCUGAAGAAUCGGAUAUGUUGGGUGUGAUUGUUCAGAAGAUUCUUACAAAUCUGAAAUUUUGGCCAUCGAACGCCGAACUACUCGAUUUGUCGUUGUCGCUUCUCAAGGAUCUCUCGCUCGGCUAUACGGCUGUGAGGAAACUCUUCCGUCUGCCAGAAGUGCAGCUUCUUCUUAAUAAUCACACGGCGGAUAACUUCAUCUUCUUGGGACCCACAAUAGAUUAUCAAACGAUGAAGGAGCGCACGACAUUCUACGAAGCGCUCACAAGACUGCUCACCACUGAUUUUUCGGAUGACGAAGACACCAUUUAUCGAUUCUUGAGGCCACUUGCAGAAACUGUUGAUGGAAUAUGUGGAGUAAUAGCGAACAACUGUCAAGGAAUUGAUGACGAGCAGCUAAAGAAAAUCAUUGUUGGUUUGUGCCGCGAUUUGAGAGGUGUGGCGACUGCGUGUACGACGAAAGUGAUCUUUCAAAUAUUAUUCGAAUGGAUGUACCCAAAAGUCUUUAACAUCCUUCUUUUCUCGGUUGAGCGCUGGACGGAUUGCGCUGACGUCACCACGCCGAUUAUUCGUCUCCUUUCGGAACUCGUUCAAAAUCGCCAACAGCGUCUGAAGUUCGAGAUGAGCUCGUGCUCAGCGGUCCUUCUCUUCAAGGAAACGUCGAAGAUCAUUACUGUUUAUGGCGAGCGCCUUCUCGCGUUGCCAAAAGUGCCGAAAGAGCGCGUCUACAAAGAGAGAUAUAAGAACAUUGGAGUCAUCUUUCUUGUGCUCAAGAAUGCGCUAAUUGGAGCCUACGUUCCAUUCGGUGUUUUCCGUUUAUAUGGGGAUUCGUGCCUUCAAGAUGCGCUCACGAUUUUCAUCAAAUUGUUCAUGAGCAUUAAUUCGGAGGAUUUCCAUAGCUAUACGAAAAUUGCUCAAAACUAUUACAACUUGUUGGAGCACGUGGUUCAGGAUAAUAUGCCGUUUAUCACGAACCUUUCGGUUGAUAUCUUCUGCGCUAUUUUGAGAUCAAUUCAUUCCGGAUUGAGCUCAGUUGACGCCGUUGUAAUAACGUCCGCUUGUUCGUCUCUCGACACAAUUUUGAACUAUUUGUAUCGCCGAUUGACGCGCAAUACGCCGAUUCCGGUAAAGACUGGUGUUGAGCCGGAAGGCGAUAAUAUUGUGCUCGCCGUCAAAGAGCAUCCGGAAAUUUUGGCUGAUAUGCUUCAAACGGUUAUAACUUCGAUGAUGUUUGGAGAAGUCAAAUGUCAAUGGAGUCUCUCUCGUCCACUUCUUGGAUUGAUUCUGAUUCAAGAGGACGUUUACGCGCAAUUGAAGCGUGAAUUGAUCUCGCAACAAAAUUAUGAUCGUCAAAGCGAUUUUGAAUUGCUGUUCCAACAACUCAUGAACUCAGUCGAAAUGAAUUUGUCGGUGAAGAACAAGGACACGUUCACGCAAAAUCUGACGAGAUUCCGUCGCGACGUCGCGAUUGUGUUGAAGGGCCAAUCGAUCGCGCCGCCGCCAACCGCCAACACCAAUGACAUGCAGUAA